AACGUCGCGGAAAGUUUGGGUUGGAGGUCAGGGUUAUCGUUGUUCAUGAUUCUCGUAUAAAAUUCUUGAAACGAGUUAAGUGUCUUCCGGAUUGGUGUGAAAAAACAGUUGCGAUGCAUCUUGUUCCUUUCGCUGUUUUAGAUGCAUCAUUGAAAUCUACUUAGAUUACUAGGAGUUCCUUAUUACCCUAAAUCUAGCAAACUUCCGGGAGAUUUCGAAACAUGAGUUCACGUAUUCGUGAUCAUAUGAGAUUAUUCUUGUUAACUGUACUCAAUGAAGAUCCCCGACUGUUGUCUUUAUGCACGCUAAAUGAAUUGACGUCUGUAUUUGUACAAGAAAUGAAUAUUGAACUCAGUGAAAAUUGCUACUCAAAGCUUAAACAUUUUGUGUGCUCUUUUUUGUAUAAUUUGAUGAAUGAUGAGGGAGUUGUAACAAAUGGUGUGGAUCCCCAUGCUCAGAAUUAUUGCUUACCAGUUAAAAACGCUUCUUCUACACCCGAAACACGAAGACGUGUGGUAAUGCUUUCUCGUGAUGAAGUAAUGGCAUUGGCGGCUGCUACUGUUACUGAUAAAACAAAUCCGGCUGUAUCUAUAUCAAACGAUGGAGAAAGUGUUAGUAAGCGUAUUAAACAAUUACGUCAAACUCCACUAAUUGGAACUAAAUCAACUAUUCGAACAUUUGUGAAUAAACCUAUAAUAAUUAAUGAAGUUAAAAGCCCAGCUUCAUCUAAUUUAGAGGUUACUCCUCUUAGAAAUAUUCAACUCAUACAAACACCUAGAAUGAUUGAAUCAUCUAAUCAAAAAACGGAAUCUUUUAAAAGUAACUCUACUAACAAUAAUAAUAAUUCAACCAUAAUGUCUAUCAAUAAACCAAAUUUAUCCGCAUUUAUUUCUCAAUCUUCAAUGAAUGAUUGUAAACGUCAUAUAUCUGUUCCGUCGUCUUCAUUUAAUUCUACUACUAAUACUACUACUGCUACUAAUAAUAGCAUCAAUAAUAUUUCAGCUACGAAAACAGGUAUAACAAUAAAGCGACAAUUAAGUGAAGCAGUGAUAUCAAACUCGUCAGCUGUCUACACCUUCAUCCAGUGUUGAUUUCUACACUAAGACUCGGACCAAAUAACAUCAAGCGCUAGCUAGUCACCCACUAAACUUCUGAGUCCACAUCACAACCAACUUGUUCAACAGGUAUGAAGUUUGAAGCAAAAGGUAUCGGAUUCAAUUCUAAGUAUAUACAUCAACACUAAGAUUCAGAUACAUUCAGCUGACUAGUCCCAAUUAAAAUGGAACGCGUGUUGUUGAUCCCAUCGCUAGCUGCAAUCCAAUCUUACUAAAACUUGUAACUUAAGGAUAGUAUUGAGGUAAUUCGCUUAGGAUUCACAUGUGCCAAUAAGGAUCGAUCAACUGCAGUGCAUAAUACUAACAAUAUGAAAACUCGAACCUUUGCAUAUGAAUAAUAUUCUUCUGCAAAUUUUAUCUACAGCAUACAUCGGAGACGGAUUAUAUAUUGCUUAGGCCAUAGUUCGACCUGCAACUAGUCGUCUGUUAGACAACAAUUAAAAUUGAUGGUUUCGAUACAUAUAACGAUCUCGACGUGUGUGGGUAUAGAGAAGAUCGUAUUCUCAUACUUCUGUUUUGGAAGCAUUCAUUUCAAUUCAAAGAGGAUUAGACGCUUAUUUUUUCAUUCUGCAUUUCUUUUCAUACACAUCUUCAUGUUAUUAUUAGUGUACGCAUAUAAAAAGAGAUGAUUUUCAACUUUCUGAUUCUGUUAAAUAACAAUCAAAAUAGCUGUCAUAGAUUUAUUUGUCUAAAUUUGUAAAUAAUCAGUAUUUACCUGUUCAGUGUUAUUAUUUAUACCACAGGUUAUUUUUAAAUACUGCAUAAAGAGUUAAACAACAGCUUUAUAAUCUUUCAUUUGUUCAUGAAAUUCAUGUAAAUGGUGCUGUAUUCAAUAGAGACUUAUUAUUCAUUAUGUAUAAAUAUAAAUAC